GUGACCAUGCGUGUGGUGAUUGUCUUCCUCUUGUCUGCCCUGCUUCCACUCUCUCUCUCCCAUGGACGGGACCCCUUUGCCUGGCUGUACAGUCGGCAGAGCCAAGGAUACUAUUAUGGCUCCCUGCAGGCAGACACCACAGGAGGGGCAUGUCCAGAUGAGUGUGACUGCCCCCCCUCCUUCCCGGUCGCCAUGUACUGUGAUGGGCGGGGCCUGACAGCUAUGCCAACCAUCCCCUCCUACGUGAAAUACGUGUACCUCCAAAACAAUGCCAUCACAGCUGUGCCCGACUCAGCUCUUGCCAAUGCAACCAGUCUGGUGUGGCUCAUGAUGCAUCACAACCAGCUGACAUCUCACGCCAUUGGCAAGAAGGCAUUUCUGAAGUUGGCGGGACUAGAGCGUUUAUACCUGCAACACAACAAUCUGACCAGCAUUCCUUCAAACCUCCCUCGUACCCUGCGAGACCUGAGAAUAAACCACAACAAGAUUGAAAAGAUAACACCUGCAGACCUGGAGGGAAUGGACAACCUCACUAUACUGUAUCUCCAUGACAAUGCUCUCACAGACAUGGGUACAUCACUGAAAGCCCUGACAUCCCUCACACUGCUGGACAUCAGCGGCAACAAGUUGACAAAGGUCCCAGAGGCACUCCCACAAGAGCUGCACCAACUCUACCUGGACUCCAACUCCAUUGAUUCUCUACCAGAGAGCUUCCUGGGCCAUUUCACUCAGCUGCAGUAUGUCAGGAUGGCCCACAACCAGCUAACAGACAAGGGCAUUCCUCCCAACACCUUCAAUGUGACUGGGCUGGUGGAGCUGGACCUGAGCUUCAAUAAACUGGAGAGAAUCCCCCCAGUGAGCACCACACUACAGCAUCUUUAUCUGCAAGCCAACCAGAUCAAAGAGUUCACUUUGGGUAGUUUCUGCAGCGUUAUGGAUGUGACCAACUUCUCCAACCUGCGGACUCUGCGUCUGGAUGGGAAUGAGAUCAGUCGCCAGGACAUCCCUUCAGAGUCAUCCCUCUGCUUGCGCCAGGCUUCCACCAUUGACGUCUAA